GCCGCACUGUACUGUAGUACUGCUUGCUCUUCGCAGUCCAGCUAUUUCCCAUAUGGACCUGGCACCAACCCCCUCCCCUCCCCUCCCCCGUCGCGCACACCCGAGGAAGAAAACAAUAUUAGUAUAGACUUUGUUUUGAGAAAAGAAGGAAGGGAAAAUAGAGGGAGAAAAUUAUACUAGUACCACUACUAGUGAUGCUCUACUGUCCAGCCAGGCAGCCACGGACACCAAGGCAGGCAGGCAGGCAGGGACGGGAGGGAGGAGCCAGAAAGAGAUGAGCUCGGCGUGCUGCUGAGGUGAGGUGAGCUCAGCUGAGGUGAGAGAGAGGCGAGCGGUGCGGUGCGGUGCGGUGCUCUGCUGCAUUGCAUUGGCCGACAAGGGAUCGCCUUCCCGCCCGCCGCCCGCGGAUCUCGGCGUCGCCGCCCGACGGCCCGAGCUCUGUGGCCGCUGGAUUCUCUGCCGUGCGUGAUCUGCUGUGCGCGCGCCGCCACUUGCGUGGGCGGGAGGAUUCGGAUCUCAAGCCGCGCUCUCUCUACGUCGCUGUCGGGAGAGAGAGAGAGAGAUAGCAGGCCAGGGUGGGUGGCAGCUUCCUUCCAUUGAAGCGGUGGUUCGCUCAGCUGCUUGAUUGGGGCCGAGCCGGGCGGGAGAUCUGGCCGUCGGCGUGGACCUGCAGAUCCCCUACCUGCCACUGCCAGCGCGCGCCCACGCUUCGCUGCUGUGGAGGUACCUCCGGAGGGCGGCGGUGGUGGUGGGGAUGGGCGGCUACGCGGAUCCCUUCAUGCCUCCGCAGCCGGCGUCGUCGUCGUCGUACGCCGUGCCGCAGGGCGGGCAUGGGCAGCCGCAGCCGCAGCCCGCGCCGCGCCCGCCGGGCUGUCCGUACUCCUCCUCCGCCUCGGCUCCGCCGGUUUCCACGUCCUACCAUUCUUUGCCCCCCGCGGCGUCACCUCCGCCGGUAAGUAGCCCCCCUCCGGCCUCCCCGCCACCCGAGACACUGCCGUCACCUCCUCCAGCAUUGCCUUCGUCGCCGCCACCGCCGGCAUUGUCGCCUCCGCCGCCCGACGCGCCCCCUCCGUCGCUUCCACCGCCGUCCCCAUCGCCCUCGCCGCCUCCCGCCGAGGUUCAGGCGCCACCGCCGCCGAUGGCGGCUGACCAGCCACGCGUACAGCCCCGCGUGUACCCGUCACCGCCACCUCCGUCCCUCCCCCCGCCGCCGCCAGUAGUCCUCUCGCCACCAGCCCCGCCUCCAUCCCACCCACCAUCGCCAUCGCCUACGCCAGCUCCAGCUCCAGCACCCACGCCGGUUGCGGCCUAUUCGCCUCCCCCGCCAAGAAUUGCAUCUCCCCCGCCGCCGCCGCGGCAUCAUACCAAGCCACAUUAUGCCCCGCCGCGCUCGCCUGGGAGGCCACACUCAAACUCGACCCGCUCAAAUGGCAGCGGCAAGAACAUCGAAAUAUCGAGGGAAACUGCCACCACCAUUGUAGCAAUUGCCGGUCUUGCAAUGCUCAGCUUCAUCGGUGCCACCAUUUGGCUUGUCAAAAAGAAGCGACGGCGGGCAGAGCCUCCCUCAGCACUGCCGAUACAGCAGCAACCAGCUCCCCCGCCGCCACCACCCAAUUACAUUCCCUCGUCUGCUGGAUCCUCACUAGCAUCAGAUGGAUUCUACUUACGAUCACCGGGCUAUCCCUUCAUGAGGUCCAGUACUGGGAGCCAUGGGUUCCCCUACUCGCCGGCAGACUCCGGGAUAGGGUACUCGAGGAUGCUGUUCACGCCGGAGAAUUUGGCAGGAAUCUCAAAUGACUUUUCGGAUGAGAACCUCUUGGGAGAAGGUGGAUUUGGGUGUGUGUACAAGGGCAUCUUGCCAGAUGGUCGCCCUGUGGCUAUCAAGAAGCUGAAGAUUGGGAAUGGGCAGGGAGAGCGUGAAUUCAGGGCCGAAGUUGAUACUAUCAGCAGAGUACAUCAUAGACAUUUGGUUUCACUAGUAGGCUAUUGCGUAUCAGAGGGCCAGCGGAUGCUUGUAUAUGAUUUUGUUCCCAAUAACACACUUUAUUACCAUCUCCAUGUAAAUGAAGUACCACUUGAUUGGCGUACGAGGGUCAAGAUUGCGGCCGGAGCAGCUCGUGGAAUUGCUUACCUGCACGAAGAUUGUCAUCCACGGAUUAUUCAUAGAGAUAUUAAAUCAUCUAAUAUUUUGUUGGAUAACAACUAUGAAGCUCAGGUUUCCGAUUUUGGACUUGCAAGGUUAGCGGCCGACUCCAACACACAUGUCACAACACGUGUCAUGGGAACAUUUGGGUAUUUGGCUCCAGAGUAUGCAUUGUCCGGGAAGUUGACAGCAAAAUCUGAUCUAUAUUCUUUUGGAGUUGUUCUUUUGGAACUUAUUACGGGAAGAAAACCUGUUGAUUCUUCUCAGCCGCUUGGAGAUGAGAGUCUUGUCGAAUGGGCCCGGCCCUUUCUCUCGCAAGCAAUUGAGCAUCGAGACUUUGGAGACCUUCCUGAUCCGAGAAUGGAAAACAAGUUUGAAGAAAAUGAGAUGUAUCAUAUGAUAGGAGCUGCGGCUGCAUGCAUUCGUCAUUCUGCGGUGAUGAGACCACGGAUGGGGCAGGUGGUUAGGGCACUGGAUAGUUUAGCCGACUCUAACCUAAACAACGGCCUUCAACCCGGGCGCAGCGAGGUGUUCUUGGAGCCGCGAACCGAGGAGAUCAGGCUGUUCCAGCUGAGAGAGUUCGGCAGCCGGGAGUGCAGCGACGAGCUGAGCCAGGCUAGCUGGAGGAGCCGGAGAGACCUGUGAACAACAGGCGUCGGCCGGUACAAGACCUUCAUUAACAUUCUUUUUGGUCAUUCUUUACAUGUAAUUAUCUCUUUUACAUGAAUUUUUUUCUCCCCUGACGAAAAUCCUUGUCCUCCCCGGAGUAAAUUUUGCAAUUCUUUCAGGAGAUAAGUAAAUUCCUUCUUUCUUUUCUGUUCUUGGUCAAAUGAAGAAGAAAAAAAUACAGAGACUUUGGCUCCAGGCAUUCCCAGAUAAA